AUGGCCACGUUAUCAUCUUCAAAUCUUGAUACAACAUCAAAUGGUACUGUUAAUAAAAAUAAAAAUACAUCUAGUAAUCAUAUAAAUCGAAGUAUUGAACGUGCACUUGAUGAAGCAACAUAUACGGGUGAAAUAAAUUUAAAUGCUCGUACACUUCGAGAAUUUCCCAAUUAUAAAUGUGAUCUUUCAGAUACAACUACUGCUGAUCUUUCUCGCAAUCGUUUUAUUGAAUUCCCACGUAUAUUAUGUUCAUUUUUUUCUCUUGAACGUCUUAAUCUUUAUAAUAAUGCAAUUAAAUCAAUUCCGGAACAAAUUGUUCAAAUUCAUAUGCUUAAAAUUCUCGAUUUAAGUCGAAAUCAACUUGCUUAUAUUCCACCAGCAUUAUGUAAAUUACCAAAUUUAGAAGUCUUAAUUGUUCAUAAUAAUAAACUUGUUUCAUUACCUGAGGAAAUCAGUCAAUUAGAUCGAUUAAUUGAAUUAGAUGUUAGUUCAAAUGAUCUUACACAAUUACCAUAUCAAAUAGGAAUACUAUCAAAUCUUCGUACAUUGAAUAUAUCUCGAAAUAUGAUAACUGAAUUACCAACAGAAUUAUGUGUAUUGAAAUUAAUUCAUUUUGAUUGUACUUAUAAUCGAAUUCUUCGUUUACCAUUAAAUCUACGAGAAAUGAAUAGUUUAAUUGAAUUGAAUGUUGAACAUAAUCCAUUAGAAAUUCCACCAGCAUCUGUUUGUACUCUUGGUUUACUUCAUAUAAUGCGUUAUCUUCUGGUUGAAGCAAUGAAAGAAGAGAAACGACGUGGAUUAUUAACAGAGCAUGAAAUAAAUGAAAAAUAUAAAAAUUCAUUUUCAUAUCAAACAUCAAGACAUUUACAAAAUGGUAAAAAACUGCGUAAAACAGUGGUACCAUCUGAUUCAGGUUAUUUAACAACUGAAGGAAGUGAAAAAACCAUUGGUGAUGAUGAUUCUGAAUUGAGUAUGACAAAUGAACAUCCAAUUCGUGGUGAACCAACUCUUAUGCUUACAUUAGCUGAUGAAUUUUCUAAAGAAUUAGCAAGGCAAAAAGCUGAAUAUGAAAAAAAGAAAUGUCAAGCACAACAAUUAAAACGUCAUUUAUUACAACAAUUAGGAGAAACUGAGUGUCAAAGAGCAAAAGCGCGUGAAAUUGCUCGACGUGCACAUGAUGAAAAAUUAGCGAAAAUGGAAAAACAACGUGAAGAUGCUCGGCGUAAAAUGGAGAACAGUAAAAAUAUUCAAUUAUUUAAUUUUACAACUAAAGAUAAUCAUCAAAAUUCUCGUACGUGGACAUCUUCAAAUAAACCGACAUUAACUCGACAAUUAUCAUCUACUGAAUCAACAACAUCGAAUAAUCAAAUUCUUAAUGAAACAAUUUUAAUAAAUUCUUUAACUGAUAAAAGUAAUCAUGAAAAUUCCUAUCAACGUUCAAUAUCAAUUGAAAAUGCGACAAUAGAUGAAUAUUUUAAACGUUCAAAUCGUGCAGUGAGUGUUGAACCAAAUUUAAUAUCCGGUGGAAAUGACAUGAAAUAUCUUUAUCAACAAAAAACUCUACCUAAUCGGUCAAUUAUACAAUAUGAUAGUACAACGAAAAUGAAUAAACAAUUUACAUUAAGUUCAGAAACAAUUGAUCAAUCAACUUCAUCAUCACAAAGUUCAAAAAAUGGUUUGACUCGAACAGAUGUAUCCGAUAAUUGUUUAUCACCACAACAAAAUCGAUUAACGAAAUUACGAUAUUUUGAUGAUCGUGAAACAAAUGCUAUUGUUGGUAGUGUACCCGGUUUUCAUAUGCAACCGAGAGUAUCAACUUCAAUCAAUAAUGGACAAUAUCAACCAUCUCCAUUAGAUAAUCCAGGAGUAGUUAAUCCAGCAUUUACUAUGCGUCGACAUUUACUUCAAGCGAAAGAAGAUCAUUUACAAGUCGACCAAAUGAAAAAGACCAUAGAAGAACGUGUUAAAAUGACAUUACCCGAUGAUAUUGCGUAUGCAUUAAGUGAUGGCGUAGUUCUCUGCCAUUUUAUCAAUCAAAUUCGAGCACGUGCUGUACAAAGUAUUCAUGUUCCUUCACAAGCAGUACCAAAACUAUCCUUAGCAAAAUGUCGCCGUAAUGUUGAAAAUUUCGUUGAAGCAAGUCGUCGUAUUGGUGUACCAGAGGUUGAUUUAUGUAGUGCUCAGGAUAUAAUUGAAGAAAAGAAUACGGUGCGUUUAGCCCGUCAUAUUCAUCUAUUAGUUUCUCCGGAAUCAUUUGAGCAAACAAAUGUUUAA